GCCUGGCACUUGUGUGCGGCCCCAGUCUGGCAACCCCGCGGCUGCGGCUGGAAAGCCUGGGAGCGCGGCUUGCGGAGGCUCGGGCAGCAGGAGGAGCGUGUGAGCUGUAGGCGUCCCUUUAAGAGCGGCGGGACGGGCAGAGCCUCCGCCUCUCUGUCCGAGGAGCGCCGGGCGGUCACCUGGGGCUGUCGGGCAGCCAGAUCUGGCUGCGGUACUGGCGCGCUUGCCUGCGGAGUUGGAGACGGACUCCGUCGCGAGGUGCCGCGGAGCCGCCUCGCAGCGGCUCGCUGCUGCGGAAGAUGCAGGAGCGCAUCUGGGCGUCGCUGCUGCUGCUGCUGCUGCUGCUACCGCCGCCGCCGCUGUGUGGCGGCCCCCCGGACAGCGGGCGCCAGGAACUAGAGCCUGAGCGCGGGCCUCUGCAGCCCUUCGACCUGCUCUACGCCAGCGGCGUGGCUGCCUAUUACAACGGGGACUACGAGCAAGCAGUGCGCGACUUGGAAUCGGCGCUGCUUAGCCACCGGCGCCUGCGGGAAGUCCGCACGCGCUGUGCCCGCCACUGCGCCGUGCGCCGCCCUCUCGUGCCCCCCGGUGCCGGCCCCGGGGCCGAGCUGCCCUUCUUUCGCGCCUUGCUGGAGCGGGCGCGCUGCUACCGCAGCUGUGAGAGCCAGCGCCUCGGGGGACCCGCGUCCCGACACCGCGUCAGCGAGGAUGUGCGCAGCGACUUUCAGCGCAGAGUGCCCUACAACUACCUGCAGCGGGCCUACAUCAAGCUUAACCAAUUGCAAAAAGCAGUGGAAGCUGCUCACACUUUCUUCAUGGCCAAUCCUGAGCACAUGGAAAUGCAGCAGAACAUUGAGAAUUACAGAAUGAUGGCUGGCGUGGAAGAGUUCCAGCUGAUAGACCGAGAAGCCAAACCUCACCUUGAGAGCUACAGUGCAGGCGUUAAACACUAUGAGGCUGAUGACUUUGAACUGUCUAUCAAGUACUUUGAACAAGCUUUACGAGAAUAUUUCAGUGAAGAUGUGGAGUGCAGAACUUUAUGCGAGGGGCCUCAGAGAUUUGAAGAGUAUGAGUACUUAGGGCAUAAAGGGGGUCUUUAUGAAACUAUUGCAGAUCACUACAUGCAGGUGCUGGUUUGCCAGCAUGAGUGUGUGAGGGAGCUUGCUACCCGCCCUGGCCGCCUCUCACCCAUUGAGAAUUUCCUUCCUCUGCAUUAUGACUACCUACAGUUUGCCUACUACCGAGUUGGUGAGUAUGUGAAGGCCUUGGAGUGUGCCAAGGCCUACCUCCUAUUCCACCCAGAUGAUGAGGAUGUCCAAGACAAUGUGGAUUACUAUGAGAGUCUAUUAGAUGACAGCAUUGACCCAGAAUCCAUUGAGGCCAGAGAGGAUUUAAUUAUGUUUGUGAAACGACAUAAACUUGAAUCUGAACUGAUAAAAUCAGCUGCAGAGGGACUGGGAUUUUCAUACACUGAACCAAAUUAUUGGAUCAGAUAUGGAGGACGACAGGAUGAGAAUAGGGUCCCUUCAGGAGUGAAUAUGGAGGGGGCAGAAGUUCAUGGAUUAUCAAUGGGGAAAAAGUCAUCACCCAAGAUAGAUCGAGAUCUAAGAGAAGGUGGCCCUCUGCUCUAUGAGAACAUCACUUUCGUCUACAACUCAGAGCAGCUGAAUGGGACCCAGCGGGUUCUCCUGGAUAAUGUCCUAUCAGAGGAGCAGUGCCGGGAGCUCCACAGCGUGGCCAGUGGAAUCAUGCUUGUUGGUGACGGCUACAGAGGAAAAACUUCACCCCAUACACCCAAUGAAAAGUUUGAAGGUGCAACUGUCCUGAAGGCACUCAAAUUUGGUUAUGAGGGCCGAGUCCCACUGAAGAGUGCACGUCUGUUUUAUGACAUCAGUGAGAAGGCUCGAAAGAUCGUAGAGUCCUAUUUCAUGCUGAAUUCAACCCUUUAUUUUUCCUAUACACACCUGGUCUGCCGAACAGCCCUUUCUGGUCAACAGGAUAGAAGAAAUGACCUCAGUCAUCCCAUCCAUGCUGAUAACUGCCUGUUGGAUCCAGAAGCCAACGAAUGCUGGAAGGAGCCUCCUGCUUACACUUUCCGGGACUAUAGUGCUCUCCUGUAUAUGAAUGACGACUUCGAAGGAGGAGAAUUCAUAUUCACUGAAAUGGAUGCUAAGACUGUGACUUGGCCAUGUUUGGAGACGUUGAAUGUUUGAAAGAAUUGAUGCUUGGAAUACUAUGUAUGAAUCAGUUUCAUUCACUGUUGAAUGUAAGUUAACUGAAAUACUGCUUUUUAACCAUGUCAAAGUAGAUACUAUUCUCCUUUUAUUUAUCUAUAAUUAUCAGAUAAUUUAUGGUUUUAAAAGGAAUGAAUCUAACCUCUCCUCAAAAAAGUAAAUGAAACUGGCUUAAAUUUUUAACCCAAAAGCCUAUCAAUACUUUAUAUUAAUGAAUAUGACAGAGUUUUUAGAACAUUUCAGGGAUAAUUAAGAUUCAUGGGUAAAAUUUUAGGGAUUAUUUUAGAAAUUCAUAGAUAAACUUUUUAGUUCUUACCUCUUUCCCAUAGUAAAUUUAUUCCAAUCUCAACAAAAAGAAAUGGAAAGUUUUCCUUUUCUAUUUCUCUUAUUUGACUUCCAAAGGACAAACAAAGAAAAGUAAUGACCUUACUUAGAGCCACAAAAAGAAUUAGAGUUUUUCCAUCCUUUACUUUGGAAAAAUCUUGAUAUUGUAUAAUGAACUGAAUAGUGACUGAAUGUUUACAUUGAUUAAGGAUAAGUACAUCUCAAAUUCUUUCUAGCUCUUUAUCAUUAGUUAGAUGGAAGGCAAAAUUGUUUGUAAAAAUCAUACUUGGAAAAUUGUAUAUUUGGAAGACAAAGGGCUUAUUUUAAAUAAUAGCAUUUAUUUGUGGAACAAGAAUUAAAGGGUUUGGGGCUCUCAGUGUAAGUUUGAAGAAGAUAAAAUUUAAUAAGUUGUGUUUGCUUUGUGACAAAUGAAAUUCAGUGUUAUGAUGCAGUGUUCCAAAAUAUGUCUGUAACUAUUUAAUUAAACUCCAGAACACAGUCUCCUGUAGAAACCAUGUCAGAAUUGAGAAUGAAAGCUUCUAUAUGCAUUUCAUCUCUGUAACCAUGCUUAAUCUCCAAAUAAAGAUAAUAGCAAACCCAUAAUUCCACCCAACAAGUUGUGUACAGCUGAGAAUGUUCUAAUCCCUUCUCCAGGAGAGGAGGUGAAGUCCUUGAGUGGUGUUUACUUUUCUAGACAAAUAUUAUGAUGUAAAAUUAACCAUAUUUAAAUACUGAUAUAAAGUCAAUAUAUCUUAAGGUACACGCUAAGGAAAUAAAAGAGGAGAAAAAACAAAGAUGUGCUUAAUAUAUGUAUAUAUGCACACAUAUAUUCAGAACAAAAUAAGCAAGAAAUAAUCAUGACGAUUUUAGUUCUCAGUUCUGUAACUGGUCUUAUGGUCACGGCUGGUGUUUAUAACUUCCUUCUGCUAUUCUUCCUGUAUCCCCUUUGCCUUCCACAAAGUACCUCAUCUGCCUGUAAUUCCUUACCUGGUGGGGUGACACACCUCCAUUGCUGAAGGUUUUAGGCCAUUUAUAGUCUUGCCUAGAUUGGGUGGCUGUAGUUUUAUUGACCUUUAAUAAUAGAUGUUGUAAAUACUGAGAGAUGUUGGGUACCUGUAAUCCCAGUGACUCAGGAGGCUGAGGCAGGAGGAUUGCAAGUUCAAGGACAGCCUUGGCAAGUUAGUGAGGCCCUAAGCAACUUAGUGAGAC